AUGGCGUCGACUGCCCUCGACGCACUCCUCACGCGUCUACGCGAUAUCAAAUCAAUAUGGAUCCAAAACCUCAGGAAUAACCCGCGUAAUGGGGUUAUGAAGGUUCAGCUCCCCGGCCGCAACAAAAGAGAAUACCCUGCAACGCUCGCCCUUUACGCGCUGUGCGAUCUGGCGGAGGAUGCGAUGAAGCAGUUACUUUCUGCCGAGGAGCUUGAUAAGUUCCUGGGAGCUGCUUCUGCACUCGAAUCCGCGGUCAUCGAUCGCGAGUAUGGUAGUGUUACUGGCGAUGGGUUGAAUUUCAUACCCAUUUCUUGCAAAAACAUCUUUAAAGAGGCAAGUAACCCACGAAUGAAAGCGGGUGCGUAUGACUCUGAGGAACUAUUGGGACUCAUUGGUGAUUUAUACGGGCAAAUCGCAAAUGGGCUUCCGGAUGCCCUUACGACGGCAUUCGGACGCCACAUGGACUACGACCCCAACUCUCGUCCCAGCAAAACCCACAGCACGCCCCUUGCACGAUUCUGUGCCAACCGUCCUGCUAUCGCAAGUGCUGCUGCUCCUGAACUCAUUGCAUUUGCCGAGGCACGCUGCAAAAUUCUUUCCGACCGUAUACCUCUCCCAAUACAUAUGGGCAUCUUGGACGACAUUGUGGCUGUCAUCGGUGCUAGUGGCUGGAAGCAACACGCUCCAACGAUGCUCAUCCAGAAAUUAUCCGUUCUUCCAAAAUCUGCUCGUUCCCGUUCAUAUGACACUUUUGGGGAGGUCUCCCCCGAUGUCGGUCUCGCCCAUGUGGCUCAUGUUUUGCGCGUUGACGGGAGUCGCAAGCUGGUCUGGGUGGGUGAUGAGGAACGGGUUAAAUCCUUCCAAUGGAGCUAUGACGACGAGGGUGGCGAGUUCAAGCAUGCGAUGCUCUUGCGUGAAGGCGGCGCCCGUAUUCUUCGCUCUGGUCGUCGUGGCAUGGCAAUGUGGGACGUUACGUCGCUCCCCACUCAUGGACCGGAUGGAACACGAAUUGUUGGCAAGAAGAUGAAGUCCGUCGAAGAUUCAUGGCGUGACGAUCCAGAAGACAUCGAACUUUCUAGCGGAAUGAAACCUACUUUGAUAAUCGAAACAACGGCUCUCGCCAACAUCGUGGUUGCUCAGAAUCAGCGGAUCUCAGCUCCUUGCGGUCCACCAAAUACUUGGGUCACGCUGCGGAUAUUGGGUCACGCUGCGGAUAUCAACUGCAUCUCAACAACAAGCGGAAUGGAGAACCCUGCCACAUUUGUCACUUCUGCCUCCGAUGGCGGUGUUCGUUUGUAUGAUACUCGACAGCCUACUCCUGAGUUUGUUGUCGAUCACGGGGACGAGAAAAUCCAUGCUGUACUCUACGAACAUAUCGGCGGCCAACCUUUUAUAAUAUAUGGAACAUUGAAAUCACAGCAAAUAAAAGUCUGGGAUGUGCGUAACCGUGCCCCGCUUUAUGAGCUUGCAAUGGGGAACAACUCAGUCUCCGACCUGGCUUGGGACGUACGGGACUGCACACGACUACCGUUGGGCAAAAUCGGGAGUCAUGGGAAAGAGUGGCUAGACAAUAGGGAUGCUCAGUUUGGUGCAUCUGGCUCUCAGGCCAGUCGCUCGGAGGAUGUAGAAAUGGAAGACGAUGAGGGAGAGUCAGAGGAUGGAGAGAAUUAUUCGGAUGAUGAAGGGAAUUUGGUUGGCCAAAUAACGCCUGGCACAUGGAAAAAUGAUUUGGAGUGGCGUUCGACGCUGGAGAGCAUCGUAUCUUUCGCUACCAAUUCAAGUUGA